AUGGCUUCCAAACUACCAUCAGUCCUAAGCGCAACAGAAGAGGAGAUCCAACUCCUUCUUGCUGCUCAAUGCCAUGUUGGCAUGAAAAAUUGCGAUAAGCAGAUGGAAUCCUACGUCUGGAAGCGGAGAGCUGAUGGAAUUCACAUUCUCAACAUCGGCAAGACCUGGGAAAAACUCGUUCUCGCUGCCCGAAUCAUCGCUGCCGUUGAAAAUCCUAAUGACGUUUGUGUCAUCUCUGCUCGUCCCUACGGACACCGUGCUGUCCUUAAAUUUGCCGCCAACACUGGCGCACAAGCCAUUGCUGGCCGGUUCACUCCCGGUUCCUUCACUAACUACAUCACUCGCUCCUUCAAAGAACCCCGACUUAUUGUUGUCACCGACCCCCGAGUUGACCACCAAGCUAUCCGUGAGGCGGCCUAUGUCAACAUCCCCGUCAUUGCCUUGUGUGACACUGACGCUCCCAUGAAAUUUGUUGAUGUUGCUAUCCCUACGAACAACAAGGCCAAGCACUCCAUUGGUUUGAUUUGGUGGCUUCUUGCCCGGGAGGUGCUCAGACUGCGUGGCACGAUCCCAAGAACUAGUGAUGGAUGGAAUGUCAUGGUCGACAUGUUCUUCUACAGGGAUCCCGAAGAAGUUGAGAAGCAGCAACAGGAGGAAGCUGCAGCCAAGCUGGCGGCACAGGCUGGCGAGGAACCUGCUGCUGGUUUGACAGAGUGGGAUGUUGCAAGUGGUCCUGCGGCCGGUGCUAUCAAUCCCGCAUUAGUCUCUCAGGAGGGUGCAACCCUCGAUUGGUCUGCUGACGCUACUGCCGGUCCUACUGAUUGGGCCGCAGAGCCUUCAGGUGCUGGAUGGGGUGCUGAUGCACCUGCUGGAGGUUCUGGCUGGGAUUAA